GAAAAUCGUGGACGGGGUCCUACAGCUAUGAACUCGGAUAGCUGGAAUUAAUCUGUGCGUUGAUACCACGGUUGUAUUGGUGGGCUCUCCCGUGACGGUACCUCUCAGCGUGCCUGUGCUUCCUUGAGGGGUCUAGGUGACCAUGCAUCCUAUCGAACUUGACAAGCCGUCGAAAGCGCCAAUAGACGCUGGGGGAGCCGGACAGUCUCGACUCCACGUACACGAUGUGGAACGAGACGGGCGCCGCGGAACUAUCUUCCAGGACGAGCAAGGCAAUUUGGCAUUUCCCAGUUACGUCCCUCCAGAUGUCGAACAACCUUCUUCACGCUCGAGAGCUACUUCGGAAGGGAUCCAAGAUCAUAGUAACACACUUGAUCCAGCUAAAGGCCCUAAAAAGACCAAGUCUGAUCCUGUCGUCGGACCGCUCCCCAAACUAGCAAAGUCUUCUUCAUACGCCCAUCGCCGAAAUACACGUCGGCCAUCGACAUUCUCCCCAUUUCCUCUUAUGAGACGUGCUAGAACAAAUCUCUCGAUAUUUGAUGCAACACUACGAGGUGGUUGGAAUAACGACGACAACGAUAGCGAUCAUACCGAUUCAUCUCUUUCCUCGUCAGAAACAGAAGACAGUGGAGCAAAUACUGACGAUAAUACGGGCCAUCCAAAGGGACAGUCAAAGCGAAAACGUUCCUAUGACAGGUUCCGACGUUUCCGAGUAGUAAAUGAACUCUACCGCACGAAAGGUAAAGUGUCGAAGAGGGACGGUCGAUUAAGCAUCACAGUAAAUGACACCAGUAGUACCGGAUACCUAGCAAAAGCUCUUGGCACAGCCGUCAAAAAGAUCGUGCCCCAGAAAAUUGGCGAAAGCAAGAUAGACGAGCGACCAACCCCCACACGGCUAUCUUCCGCCACUACUACGACAUCAGAAAAACGGAGGCGGCCGAAAUUGAACAUAGUCAUUAUGGUUAUUGGCUCAAGGGGUGAUGCGCAACCAUUUUUAAAAAUUGGCAAAGUCCUCAAAGAGGAAUAUGGUCACCGAGUCCGUAUUGCUACGCAUCCUGCAUUUCGGGAUUUUGUGGAGAAGGACUCAGGGUUAGAAUUCUUCUCCAUCGGUGGUGAUCCAUCGGAGCUGAUGGCUUUCAUGGUCAAAAACCCUGGCAUGAUCCCUACACUCGAGACAGUAAAAGCCGGCGACAUUUGGAGGAGACGUGCUGCCAUGGCCGAGAUGUUCGACGGAUUCUGGCGGGCUUGCAUCAAUGCAACCGACAACGAAAAAGAUAUCAAUAACAUCAAGAUGAUGGGAGAGAAGAAUCCGUUUGUUGCGGACGCCAUUAUCGCGAAUCCACCUAGCUUCGCUCACAUUCAUUGUGCGGAAGCCUUAGGAAUUCCUUUGCAUCUCAUGUUUACCUUUCCUUACACGCCAACGCAGGCAUUUCCUCAUCCUCUAGCGAAUAUUAAGAAAUCUAACGUGGAUCCAGGAUACGCCAAUUUCAUCUCUUAUCCUAUCGUUGACCUGGUGGUUUGGCAAGGACUUGGAGAUCUUGUCAAUAAUUUCAGGGUGAAGACUUUAGGACUCGAUCCAGUAUCAACUCUUUGGGCCCCCGGCGCGACCUAUCGUCUUCAUGUCCCAGUAACAUAUUUAUGGAGUCCUGGACUAGUACCUAAGCCUGCUGACUGGGGCGAGCAGAUCGACAUUUCGGGCUUCGUCUUCCUGGAUCUUGCCUCCUCCUUUAAGCCCCCAAGGGAUCUUAUCAAUUUCCUCGAUAAUGGCGAAAUGCCAAUUUAUAUUGGCUUUGGGUCCAUCGUAGUUGAUGAUGCCGAAAGGUUCACCGAGAUGAUUUUUGACGCUGUUAGACAAGCUGGAGUCCGGGCUCUGGUGUCGAAAGGUUGGGGCGGCCUGGGCCAAGAUUAUAUUCCCGAGCAUAUAUAUAUGGUCGAUAACAUUCCUCACGAUUGGCUCUUCCCGCGGGUUAAAGCUUGCGUUAUUCACGGCGGCGCUGGCACUACAGCUAUCGCACUCAAAUGCGGCAAGCCAACCAUGGUUGUGCCAUUUUUUGGUGACCAAUACUUCUGGGGCUCUAUGGUCAGCAGUGCGGGGGCUGGACCAACACCAGUGCCAUACAAGAAAUUGACCGCAGAGACGUUGGCGGAAGGCAUCCAGUUUUGCAUGACCAGUGAAGCCCUUAAGGCAGCGCAAAGGAUCUCCAAGUCUAUUGAGGUUGAAGGCGAUGGUGCUGAAAAUGCGGUAAGGGCUUUCCACCACAAUUUGACGCUAUCUGGUGAAAGUUCAAUGCGAUGCUCCAUCCUCGAUAAUCACGUCGCAGUCUGGAGGGUCGAGCGCACGAGCGUCAGGCUGAGUGCUCUAGCAGCCGAUAUUAUCGUUAGCCACGGCUUGAUUUCUUGGCGAAAGUUACGGCUCAUGAGGCAUAAGGAAUUCAAUGAUUUUGAAGGUCCAGGUGAACCUAUAACUGGAAUUGUCGCUUCUCUGGUUGGAACAGUUGGCAAUGCAUUUGCUGGAAUCGGUAGCGUUCCAUACAGACUAGCGAGGACGUCAAACAAGAGAGCUGAAAAUAGAAAGAAUAAAGAGACGAAAGCGAGGCAAAGACAAGAAGCGCUAGCCGGAAACGCGGCUGAGUUUCCGUUCAAGAAUGCUUCGAGCUCAACAUCAACUACACCUGCAUCACCCCCUCUUCAGCAUUCCCAUGAAGAGUACCUAAACGAGAUAGAGGAAGGCGCGGAAAGAACAGGUCGAGCUCUAGCUCAUGCCCCCGUUGAUCUAUUUCUAGCUCUAGCUCAAGGCUUCCACAAUGCACCUCGCUUGUAUGGUGAUGACACCGUGAGACGUCCCAUCCGUGUCACAGGAAUACGAUCAGGGCUGAAGGCGGCAGGCUAUGAAUUUAUAUAUGGAAUCUAUGAUGGAUUCACCGGGCUUGUGCGAUUACCCAUUCGUGGUGCCAAAGAGGGCGGCAUCAAGGGCGCAAUCGCCGGUGUUGCUAUGGGGCUUACAGGGUUCGUGCUUAAAGAUAUCUCGGCGUUGAUCGGACCUAUCGGAUAUACGUUGAAGGGCAUCGCUAAGCAGUGCGAACGGGGGAAACAGCCUGUCAAGUACCUCCGCCGCGCACGAAUCAUUCAAGCACAGCGAGAAUUCUCUACCCUAACUGAAACAGAGCGCAAGGUAAUGCGUGAAGCUGUUCUUAAAGGAUGGCGAGUUCUACGCGAUUUGGCGGAUUUAAUAAUGCUGGAAAGGGAGAAAAGGCAGUUCAUGCCCCGCUUCAACAAGAAACAGAGCACACAUACCAAGAACACCAAGUCGCUAGCUAAGUACGGCAAAGGACCAGCCUUUGAGAGUGUCGCAACCGCUGAGAGAGCCACCGAGGCUAUCGUGCGCGGAGAUAACAUCGACGCUGUGCUUAAGAAGCGCGGGAAAUCCAUCGAUAUACGGAAAAGGUCUACGGAUGGGGAAAUUAGUCAAGAAGUUCGGACAGAUUCUACCCACGACUCAGGAAGGACAAAUUAAUAAAGAUACCCACGAAUACCUAAGGAAACGGGAUGAUACGGCAUCGGCGUUCUUUUGGAUUAAGCAUUGAUGUCACGUAACCCUUUGUAGAGAUCGCACCUGUAUUUUCGCC